UAAGACAGACAUGUCCUCGUGUCCAGCAGCUGAUAAAGAGCCAUGCAGGUUGCGCCCACUUUCAAACCGUCGUUUUUGCGACUGAUUGUGCGUCAGAUGCGGUAGAAGCGCACAGAAAAAAACAUCUCCAAUGGCUCCUAAAUACGCUCCAAGUCUGCGCUCCCGCUUGGCACCGUUGUUGCUUUGUCUUCAGACAGGAUUCAUCCUCUUAGCUGCCUUUUACUUUGAAAUCAAGGAAACAGUUGACAGGGAUGCCUUCAUUAACUUAUACUCAGAGUACCAGAAUGUGAAUGUGAUGAUCAUUCUGGGUUUUGGUUUCCUGAGCACCUUUCUGGUUCGGUAUGGUUUCAGUGGCUCCGGGUUCAGCCUCCUUGUUGCGAUCAUUUCCACCCAAUGGGCAAUUAUACUGAAUGGCAUUGAGUUCUGGUAUUACAGAGGAAAGAUACAGGUUGAUUUAAAAAGUGUUCUUGUUGCUGAGUUGUAUGCGGCCUCUGCCCUCAUUUCCAUUGGAGCUGUGCUGGGGAAGACUAACCCAGUCCACCUCACCCUCAUCGCCCUGCUGGAGGUGUCAGGAUUUGCCCUGAAUGAAUGGCUCCUCCGGACUCUCCUGAAUGUCAGACCUCUGAACGGCAUCAUGCUGCUUCACGUCUUCGGGGCCCUCUUUGGACUCAUGCUGACGGCCAUCCUGAACCGUGCAAACUCCAAACAAGGGUUUGAAAAGGAGAAGUUUGACAGGAAAUCCGGAUUGUUCUCCAUGUUGGGUACUUUGUUUCUCUGGAUGUUUUGGCCCAGUUUUAACGCAGUACUUGUGGAUGAUCGUACUCCUUGGAGGAAGCUGGAGGCUGAGGGCAGCACCUAUUUGGCCCUGGCUGUUAGUGCUGUGACAGCAGCUGCUGUGUCUGUGCUCUGCAACCCGAAGGGUAAACUCAACCUGGUCCAGUUGCAGUCAUGUAUCCUGGCAGGUGGCGUGGCUGUGGGGGUUUCGAUCUCUGCGAUACAUCAGCCUUGGGAAGCCAUGACAAUCGGAUUCACCGCAGCCAUUAUAUCAACUAUCGGAUUCAAAUAUCUUAAGACGCAUAUGCUCCUUGCGUUUGACUGCCACGACACCUGUGCCAUCUUGAGCACGCACGGACUCCCAGGUCUGCUUGGAUGGCUCGCACAACUGGUCCUGCAGAUUAAAGACUGUGAUGAUCACACAGUGGCGAUCCGAUUUGCUGUGUUUCACAUUUCUGCUCUCCUUAUCACCGUCACCAUAAGUCUGAUCAUGGGAAUCCUAACAGGGUUUCUAUUAAAAUGGAACUUCUGGAGACCUCCCCAAAACAAGAAAUGUUUUGAUGAUCAAGCUUUCUGGGAGUUUCCCCACCUUGCAGAGCGCAAGUAGGUACAGCAAGAAAGAAGAGGAAAAGUAAUGUUCUCAUCUUGGGAAAUACAUCAAAUUUUGGAGUAAUUCAAAUCACUGUUUAUAAUUUUAUAUCACUUUUCUUACUUUUAGAAAAUGUAGUUGUUAAAAAUGCUUGUGACAAUGGACUAGAUUGUGAAAAGAGGAAUGUCAGACAGAUUUACUGCUCAGGAUGUUUAAUGCUGCACAUGUAAGAAACUGAUCAACUUUACAGGAAUAAUGGAAAGGUGUUGCACCCAAAUACAAAUCUUUUUAAAUCAACAACACCCUAUUGCUGUGAAACCCUCUCCUGACUUCAAUUCUGCAGUGUGGGCUUAUAAAAUUCAAUAAAUCAGAAUAAUUUCAGAGUUGAUGAAGUGUUAUUACAA